CGUCACGACCACUUAAAAGACAUCAGUUCACAAGCUACAUACAAACUUUGAACACGAUUUAUAUGAAUUUUAUCAUCCAUUGAGAUCCGGUUCCUCCGUCAACGCAAGAUGGCCGACCACGAUCGUAGACAACCUGGUGGCGGUUACAAUAACCGUAAAAGACGUUACAGAGACGAUGAUGACUACGACCGCCGACCACAACGUCGACGAUACGAUGCGCCGCUCCCCGUCCGCAUACGCAAACAACUUCUAGGUCUAGCCGAAUCUCCUUUGCGACGCUGGCAUGAAGAAGUUCAAUCCAUUGCUCAUGUCGUUGCUGACAACUACGAGGAUCAAGAGCUUCGUACAAGCUUUCUAGAGCUAGUGCCGCAAAUGCUUAUCGAACAACCUCUCAAGACCCCCUUCGUAGCCGCCGUUGUGCUCGUUAUCAAUUCUCUUAAGCCCGAUAUCCUAAGCGACCUUCUUGCCCGAGUCACCGUUGCGACAGAGGAGAAGAUUAAUGAGGGCGAAUGGCGCGAUGUGAAACUAUAUCUAAAGUUUUUGGCAUGUCUCCAAAGCUGCUUGGAAGGUGAUGGCUUAUUUCCAUUUCUUGAAGAGCUCUUUAGCCGAGCUGGAGACCUCCAGACCGCAAGCUCUGAUGAUACAAUUGGAACGGAACUCGUGAAGAUUAUCCUUCUUACUAUCCCGUAUAUCAUGGCAGCGGCGCCUACUCAGUGGCAACAAAAGGCGGCUGAGCUUAUGGAUAAAACAGACGUCAUUGCUUCCGAACCUCACGCGCUACAGGUGUUAAUCGACCCAUACCAUGCCGAAGAGGGAACAGAGAGUCCGACCGCAAACAUGAGUCUGAUUGGGCUUUUGCAGAAGCAGCUUCAGAAUGAGGCACUGAAUGGCUGGGAGCUUUCGUGCCUACCGAGACCGUGGCAGAUGCCUCCUGAGGAAGUCGAACAGCAAGAGAAGCUGGACAGCGCACAGAAACAUGCCUUACCGACGAUAUCCAUCCCGGAGAACGUUGUGGCAGGUCCUCGCCCACUGUUUCCCGAGAUUUAUUUCUCAGUCUACCUCAACCAAGAGAUCGAAUCUGUUCCUCCGGUCAGCAAUAUCGCAUCCUCAUUGAUUCGAGACGGACUUCUUGAUACCAUUAACAUCCUAGACUUCAAUCGUGGUGUUACAGCACGGUUUCUCAUUGAUGUAGAUUGUUACUUUGCUCCUGGUACGUUCAUUAAGCGUGCAACGCCAUUUGACCGACUUAGAGAUGUCGAAGGCGAUCGCUCGACAUGGAAACCUGAGGAUGUCGCUGUCGAUGCUGUCUUUUCACAGAUGUUUGCACUUCCAACACCGGAACAUAAGCUCGUUUACUACCACUCCGUUCUUACCGAAGCCUGCAAGAUCGCCCCUGCAGCGGUCGCUCCUAGCUUGGGUCGAGCUAUUCGAUAUUCGUAUCAAAACACCUACCAUCUGGAUUUGGAACUAUGCUCCCGAUUCCUGGACUGGUUCACACACCACCUUAGCAACUUCGGCUUCAUGUGGAAGUGGACGGAAUGGGUGGAAGAUGUCAAUCUCCCUAACAUGGAUCCACGUAAAUCAUUCAUUCUUGGUGCUUUAGACAAAGAGAUUCGCCUUAGUUUCGCCCAGCGAAUUAAAGGAACCCUCCCUGAGCCUUACCAAGCACUCAUCGGUCCUGAGAAGGAGCAAGAUACACCAGAGUUCAAGUACAAGGAUGAUCACACACCGUUUGCCGCAGAAGGUAGAGAGAUUGCCGCUCUUCUCAAGCGCAAGGCUCCGGAUGAGGAGAUCCAGCCCAUCAUUGACCGCAUCCACUCCGCCGCUCUUGAUCAGUCCGUCGACGCUUUCGUUUCUAGCACUGACGUGUUCAUGACAGCGGUUUGUUGGGUGGGCUCAAAAUCACUCUCUCAUGUACUUGCUUGUAUCGAGCGUACUAAAGACAGACUUCUUGAUGCCGGAGCGGCCUCCGAAGCCGCUAGGGCGCAGAUCAUCACAGCGGUUGUAGCCUAUUGGUCAGCUCAUCCAGGUGUUGCCAUUACCAUUAUUGAGAAGUUGCUGAACUAUUCAAUUAUCACACCUGGCGCGGUCAUUGAGUGGGCACUAGUAGGCGAUCGUGCAGGCCCUUACGGCCAAGCUCUUAGUAAAGCGUGGGUAUUUGAGCUGGUGUUCAACACCGUAGUCAAGGUCACCAGCCGUCUAAGACAGGUCGUGAGUAGCGGCACAAGCGAUGGCACCGAAGAGGAAGUGGCCAGUAUGCGUGAAUUGUUCAAGAACAUGGAGGAUGCUUUGGUCAGCUGGUCGCAAGGUACUAAGGACCAGAUGAUGGACCCCAUGGUAUCCGAUGACGGGGAGGAUCUCGUGAAGCGCUGGGGUGCGAGAUGGCUCAGAGUAUUUCGGCGCAGAUCUGCCAUCGAGGAGACGUUCCUGCUCGAGAACAAAACCGCUUCAUAAACAAGAUGUAAGAUAUUACGGGUUAAGGGGUUUCAUGAAUUCGGCGUUCGCAGAAAAAAAUGAUCUUCGAGUUUGACGCUGGGGUGCUAAAAGGGUUUCUCAACCGUAUUUUUCUUGGCCUUGUAUGAAAUAGACCAGUUAAUUGAAUCACGCAUUGGCCCGACUGAUAAGAGCUACGUGUGAA